UGGGGCCAUUGGGCACUAGGGGAUGCAGCCGCCCCGCCUCCUCAAACGGGAGCCAAUAGGAGCCCGAGCCCCGCCCCUGGGGGGAGUAUUUAGGAGCCGAUCAGGAACUCGCUUGGAGAGGGCUCGGGAAGCCGAAGGGAGCACGGAGAGAAGUGCACCCCGCCUCACAACCUGGGAACCGCAGAGUAGGGGCCGUCGGCCGGCCAGAACCCGCCGUGCCUCCUCGGCAAGGGCCAUCCGGUGCCACCCAUGUCGCACUAGAGCAGAAGUGGGUGAGUCCUGGAACUGCGACCUGCACAGAGCUGCUCUGUCCUGUCCCUGGUGGUCGCCAUGACCUGGCUGAUGCUGCUGGGGGCACUGCUCUGCAUGCUGUGCGUUGGGUUAGGCGCCCCGGACUCCGAGGGUUUCCCGCCCCGUACGCCCCACAACUGCCCCCACAAAUGUAUCUGCGCUGCCGACCUGCUAAGCUGCACUGGCCUAGGGCUGCAGGAUGUGCCGGCCGAGUUACCUGCCGCUACUGCGGACCUCGACCUGAGCCACAACGCGCUCCAGCGCCUGCGCCCCGGCUGGUUGGCGCCCCUCUUCCAGCUGCGCGCCCUGCAUCUAGGCCACAACGAACUAGAAGCGCUGGGUCUCGGCGUCUUCGCCAACGCCAGCGGCCUGAGGCUGCUCGAUCUAUCAUCUAACGCGUUGCGGGCGCUUGGCCGCCACGACCUCGACGGGCUGGGGGCGCUGGAGAAGCUGCUUCUGUUCAAUAACCGCUUGCUGCACUUGGACGAGCAUGCCUUCCACGGCCUGAGCGCGCUCAGCCAUCUCUACCUGGGCUGCAACGAACUUGCCUCGUUCUCUUUCGAUCACCUGCACGGUCUGAGCGCCACCCACCUGCUUACUCUGGACCUCUCCUCCAACCGGCUGGGACACAUCUCUGUACCUGAGCUGGCCGCGCUGCCGGCCUUCCUCAAGAACGGCCUCUACUUGCACAACAACCCAUUACCCUGCGACUGCCGCCUCUACCACCUGCUACAGCGCUGGCACCAGCGGGGCCUGAGCGCCGUGCGCGAUUUUGCGCGUGAGUACAUAUGCUUGGCCUUCAAGGUACCCGCGUCCCGUGUGCGCUUCUUCCAGCACAGCCGCGUCUUUGAGAACUGCUCAUCGGCCCCAGCUCUUGGCCUAGAGCGGCCGGAAGAGCACCUGUACGCGCUGGUGGGUCGGUCCUUAAGGCUUUACUGCAACACCAGCGUCCCGGCCAUGCACAUUGCCUGGGUUUCGCCACAGCAGGAGCUUCUCAGGGCGCCAGGAUCCCGCGAUGGCAGCAUCGCUGUGCUGGCCGACGGCAGCUUGGCCAUAGGCAACGUGCAGGAGCAGCAUGCCGGACUCUUCGUGUGCCUGGCCACUGGGCCCCGCCUGCACCACAACCAGACGCACGAGUACAACGUGAGCGUGCACUUCCCGCGCCCAGAGCCCGAGGCUUUCAACACAGGCUUCACCACACUGCUGGGCUGCGCUGUGGGCCUGGUGCUCGUGCUGCUCUACCUGUUCGCCCCACCCUGCUGCUGCUGCCGCCGUGCCUGCCGCUGCCGCCGCUGGCCCCGAACACCCAGCCCUCUCCACGAGCUGAGCGCACAGUCCUCAGUACUCAGCACCACACCGCCAGACGCACCCAGCCGCAAGGCCAGUGUCCACAAGCACGUAGUCUUUCUGGAGCCAGGCCGGAGGGGCCUCAAUGGCCGCGUGCAGCUGGCAGUAGCUGAGGAAUUUGAUCUCUGCAACCCUGGAGACUUGCAGCUGAAGGCUGGCUCUGAGUCCGCUAGCUCCAUAGGCUCCGAGGGUCCCAUGACGACCUAGACUGCCCAGGGCCCCCACCCAGGCCCCCACCCUCUUGCUGCUCGCCCUGCUGUCUGCUUCGGUCCAGAGAACUGGCAGAUGCUGGUGGGAAGCACUGUGCCUGGCCCCCCAGCUUCCUGUAUGGGCCUUGAAACACAAUGGGCUUUCUCACUCACUGGUAGAGACAGGCGUCCUAGUCCCCAGCCUGCCUUCUGCUCUGCCCCUGCACAGGACCCAAAGGCCCCAGGCCCUGCAAGCUGUGCUAGUGCCUGCUUUCCCGGGGACUUCCUAGUGCCCAAAUGCCCUGUGAGCCUGAGAGACCCAGGCCCCUGUGGCUGUCAACACAGCACAGCCGUGGAAGUAGCUGUGUUCUUCUACAGCCUGUGGAAGAACCCCUGGAGCAGAGCCCCCUGUCCACCCUCAAGGGCCGAGGCAGCUCUCCAGGAGUGGUGCUGAAGAGCUGACGCAGGGUCAUCUCCCCUUCCCAAGGGGGUGGGAGGGAGUGGGCCCACAGGGAAAAGACGACGGCUCUGAAGGAAGAUGUCGCCCACACCCCAGGACAGAAAGAGGAAACAAGCCUGCCCUCUGGUGAAAUGGGACUCCCUCCCAACCGCCUGAAAGUUUCACAGAUUCACGCAGAGUCCGGUGGGCAGGCACUAGGCAGGAAAGGCUCCUCAAGAGACUCCUGGGGGGGCUGGCCUAAGCCCCAGUCAGAGGCCCUGCUCUCUCUGGCCCGGGGCAUCCAGCUGUUGUUCUGAAGGCACAGCCCAUUCCGUGGGCUCACAAGACACAGUGAAGGGGAUCAUGGCCUGCGCCCCUGCUUUUCAGCAGUAAAAAGCCCAAAAAGCCUGGAGAGCAUGGCCAAGUUGGGAGGGCCGAGCCGGAACUCCAUGUCCCUCGAGAGCAGGGGCCUCUUAAGGGCUGGCACUGGUCUCAGCCUAAUGGCUGAGGCGGUGCCCUGGCUUCACAUGCAUCUCACUGCUCCCACUGCGGGAGGGCAGGGAAUGGGUGUCUGGGAGCCCUUCAUGUGUAGGGCCGAGCUGGGGGCCCCCAUGGCCAUCCUGGACCCCACUACUCCAGAGUUUCUUAAUAAAGGCAGCACGUGCUUAUUGCUGGAGCCUUUGCA